GCCCUAGCCAGCUGCGCUAGCCGAUCGCCACCCGCUCCCCCGAGGCCUUGGCGCCGCCGCCAGGGCGCGGGGCAGACAAAGGAGGCAGACAAAGGCGGGCGCAGCCCCGCGGCCGCGUGGGCACCGGACGAGGCUCGCCCUCUCCUCCCGGUAGAACCCUGGAACAGCACUACUGCCCGCCCUGUCAGCUAGCUUCGUGAAGCGAGACAAGUCCUCAAUAGGCUCGUCGGCAGAAAGAAGACAGGCAGGAAUCCACACCCUUUCUGAGGAUUCAGCGAGUCAACCCACGGACACCCUGCCCAGGCGCCUAGCACUCGGCUGCUGCUUCCAUAGGCGGCCAAGGAUGACCACGCUCACGCGCCAAGACCUCAACUUUGGCCAAGUGGUGGCCGACGUGCUCUCCGAGUUUCUGGAGGUAGCCGUGCACCUGAUCCUCUAUGUGCGCGAGGUCUACCCAGUGGGCAUCUUCCAGAAGCGCAAGAAGUACAACGUGCCGGUUCAGAUGUCCUGUCACCCGGAGCUGAACCAGUACAUUCAGGACACGCUUCACUGCGUCAAACCGCUGCUGGAGAAGAAUGAUGUGGAGAAGGUCGUGGUGGUGAUUUUGGAUAAAGAACACCGUCCGGUGGAGAAGUUUGUCUUUGAGAUCACUCAGCCGCCCUUGCUAUCCAUCAGUUCAGACUCCCUACUGUCUCAUGUGGAGCAGCUGCUGCGAGCCUUCAUCCUGAAGAUUAGUGUGUGUGACGCUGUCCUGGAUCACAACCCUCCAGGCUGCACAUUCACAGUCCUUGUGCACACGAGAGAAGCUGCCACUCGAAACAUGGAGAAGAUACAGGUCAUCAAGGAUUUCCCCUGGAUCCUGGCAGAUGAACAGGACGUCCACAUGCACGAUCCCCGGCUGAUACCCCUAAAAACCAUGACAUCGGACAUCUUAAAGAUGCAGCUCUAUGUGGAAGAACGUGCUCAUAAAAACAGCUGAAGGCAUGCCUGCCACCUGAUGCCCAGCUGCACCACUCGGGGGCCCCAGCCCAGGGCAGUGCUGCAGGCCCCCCCCCACACUCCAAGUGCUCUUAUCGCCUUGACAUGUGGCCGCCCCUCUGGCUGGGCUGCUCGGUCCUGGUUGCCUUCUUGAGGCAGCCUUCCCCGGAGGCUAGGGAAGAUCGCAAGGACAGACACCAUUUCUCAGCUGCCUCCUGGGGCUCAGCCGGCUAACACUGUCCAUCUGAAAUACUGUGUUGUGAAUUAUUGUUAAUAAAGGGGCCCCAAGGGCUGA